ACUGUACGUCUCCUUUAGGGUUGAAUUUCAAGAGCCUGGACGGAAGCUUCUCAUUGGACGUCCGGCACUAUAUGCUGAUUGGCUAUAGAACUGAGUCUUGGCUUAAGGCGGGCGGAAGUCCGGCAGGCGGAAGUGGAAGUUGACGUUGCUGGUGGCAUCGCAGAUAGAAGGAUGCUUCCACUAUCCUUGCUGAAAACAGCACAGAACCACCCAAUGCUGGUGGAACUCAAAAAUGGUGAAACUUACAAUGGUCACUUGGUUAGCUGUGAUAACUGGAUGAACAUCAAUCUUCGAGAAGUUAUCUGUACAUCAAGGGAUGGAGACAAAUUCUGGAGGAUGCCUGAAUGUUACAUCCGUGGCAGCACCAUCAAAUACCUGCGUAUUCCUGAUGAGAUCAUUGAUAUGGUGAAAGAAGAGGUGGUCUCCAAAGGCAGGGGCCGUGGUGGAAUGCAGCAACAGAAGCAGCAGAAAGGCCGUGGCAUUGGUGGCCCUGGGCGAGGAGUGUUUGGAGGUCGUGGUCGAGGGGGAAUCCCAGGGAGUGGCCGAGGACAGCAAGAAAAGAAGCCAGGGAGACAAGCAACAAAGCAGUGAGAAGCUGAACUGUGGCCAGGGAGUGCUCUGCGCCCAGAAGCUGUGUCAUUGGGACAUACUGGUUUGCUGUCUCCCCUUAACAAAACAAAGUUCUACUUUUUAAAAAAAAUGUGAAUAACUGGGAUCUUAGACGUCUUAUGAGGGUUUACAGGUGUUUUACCACUCAAACAUGUAGUUUAGCUUCUGUUUGAAUGGGCACUGAUACAGAGUGCUUAACUGACUCCCCUCUUCUUGGAAUUACUACAGUAAAACGACUAGCUUAGCCAAGUUCACGUUUUUUGAAAUUGGAGAGAUAAUGUGCAGUAUUUGUGUGAGCCGUUUAAUUCUAAUUGAUAAACCAUGAAAUGCAUUUAAGCAAGCAAAAAAAAAAAAUUGAUUGUGUUGUGCGGAAGAUUUGCAAUCCUGGGGUUCUUUGGUAGCCAAAAGUUCCCAGAAUUUAGCAGCUGGGAAGGGGAGUGUUGGUCUUUCCUCCUAGCUGGGGAGAAGAAUUAAAGCAAUGAAACAAGUUUACCUCGCGAUCUUUUUAUUGCCUAGCGCGAGAUCUUUUUUUUUUUAAAGAUUGGACUACUUUGAAGAGGGAAUUACCUCUCUUAACAACCUCACCUUUCAAAAGUUUACUUUUUCACCCAGUUUGAUAAAUAAUACCUUCAGUGACUUACAGAGACUAUUUUCAGUGCUGAAUUUAUGUUUUAAACAACUGAAAUGUGGCCUCCCUCGCCCACACGGAGUAGCUUUUCUGUACCCCAAAAAGAAAAUGUCCGUAACCCAUGGCGAGCCUCAAACUCAAAAAGGCAAGAUUUAGAAACAGCUGUACUUCAAACGUCUUGGACCCAGAGGCUGGGCUCCAUCCAUUCCGACUAGCUUCACUAGAGAUCCACACCACACACACAGGAAGUGAAAUUUCACAAGUUCCACACACAAACACACACAAUGCGGAAUUAGGUGCCUCAGCUGAAGAACGGGAAAAGAUUGGAUUUCAGGUGACAGUUUCGAAAAUACCCUUUUAGAAAACAGCACUUAAGAGAACCCGUUAGUCAAUACUGAUAAAAAACAAAAAGCAGCUGCAAUAUUUUGGGUAAAAACAUUUUUACACAUUUUUUUUUUGGCCUGCUGUCUGUUACAGGUGGAAUAAAGUUUUAUCUGUUA